UCCUAGAGCCAUUGACAGUGUCGAGUUUUGUGUAAAUCCACGUAAAUAAACUUCUAUCUAUCUAUCUUCAUAUCUAUCUAUCGAUCUUCUUGUUGUCAGGGUUCAGCUGUUGAAACAUUAAAACAAAUAAAAAAUGUGUUAAUUAUUAAUCAAGUAAAAACUUCUCUCUAGCCCAGCUGAAUUUUGUUUCUUUAACCCUGGCUGAAUUAAAACCGACUGCCUGGAGUACUAUAGUUGGUUGAGUAGCGUAGUGGAGAAUGGAGUUGAUACUCCGGUUGUGUGUAUGGUUGGCUGUCUUGUGUCAGACAGGCAGACAGGCGACAGCGGAGCAGGGAGGUAGACAGACAACAGCGGAGCAGGAGACAGAUUUUAUGCCAGAGACAGAGAGAACUGCUCUACGGGAUGAGGCAGAGGACAUGUUUUUCCAUGCGUAUAAUGCGUACAUGGAGGUGGCCUGGCCAGCAGAUGAGCUAAUGCCACUGUCAUGCAGGGGCAGAUACCGAGGCCGUGAGGCUGGCCGGGGAGAUAUUGAUGAAGCGCUUGGAAACUUCUCCCUUACCCUGAUCGACUCCCUGGAUAUGCUGGUCGUCCUAGGGAGGAUAGAGGAGUUCGAGGACGCAGUUCUCAAGGUUGUUGAAACCGUCCGGUUUGAUACUGAUGUUGUGGUGUCUGUGUUUGAAACGAAUAUUAGGAUUGUAGGGGGUUUAGUAUCUGGUCAUGUACUGGCUGAAUAUGUUCGAGAUAAAUCUGAUAAGAUGAGCUGGUAUUCAGGGGAACUACUCAAUAUGGCGCUAGAUAUAGGAACCAGAUUAUUGCCUGCUUUUAAUACGACAACAGGGUUACCCUAUCCUAGAGUAAACUUAAAAACAGGACUUAAGGGUGUGAGUAACCAGCUUCAGUUGACCUGCACAGCCUGCGCAGGAACUAUGAUUCUAGAGUUUGCAGCUCUUUCCAGAUUGUCCGGUGAGAGUGUAUUUGAAGAGGUUGCCAGCAAAGCUAUGGAUUAUUUGUGGACAGCAAGAAAUAGGUUUGGUUAAAUUUAGAUUUUCAAU